AACACAUCCAAAACUAAAACCGCAGUACUUGAGGCUAUGGCGUUAUACUGGGCUUUUGUACUGCUUUUGAUUUAUAGUGUAGACCACACAAAUGCAUUUUGUGUAAAAUCGUUAGAUUUAGAUCAUGGAAAAGUCACAUAUAAGGACAACAGCUUCUCAGUAGAGUUUCAGUGCGACCCCGGUUAUACCCUGCAUGGAAGUGCGGAGCUUCCCUGCAAUGGAGAUGGUCUCAUUACAGAAGAAAAGCCAUUCUGUACAAAAAGCGGCUGCAAAUUGGAAGACGGAACUUUAACCGACUUACCGAAGCUGGAGAUAUCUUGCCCGUUUGGAGAUUUGUUUGGACAUUCCGUUGCCUAUUGCGAUGGAGAAAAGUGGAGCAACGAGCUGGGUAAAUGUGGGCCUGAAAACAAAACGGCUUACUCCUGCAAUUUCGAGAGCGCGAACAGAUGUGGCUGGAUGGCGUACCCAUCUCCUAGUGUUUGGAUGAGGGUCAGCUAUGUCACCCACUUCCAUUACAAGGAAACCGGACCCCUGACCGACAGCGAAACCGAUGGAUACUACAUGCGGAUGGUGACCGCGACUGGCAAGUCCUCGGACAGCUACCACCUGCUAUCGCCUAGAUAUCCCAAGGAACUCAGUCAGCAGAAAGCCUGCUUCUCGUUCCGCUACUACAUGUUCGGUCGGGGAGUGGAUUCCCUGAUAAUAUCCGUUGCACCGGACUCCGACCCCAUCAAUGGUACAAUUCAGAGGCAUAGUAUAACUGGAUCCCAAGCAGCCAAGUGGUUAACUGGGAGUAUCCCCAUUCCCAAAAUGGAACAGGACUUCAGAGUGGUCUUCAUCGGCAGGAAUACGAAGGGUCGAUUCGCAGACAUCGCAGUUGACGAUGUAAAUCUGAAGUCGGGUGUAGAUUGUACGCAACCGCAAGCACCUCUUCAAUCACCAGCAUCAGUUUAAACCUAAAACCACUUCAACCUCAGGCAUCGGAGUCGAAUAGCUCAACCAAACCCACCACUAAGCAGCCAAAGUCGCAAUCUAUAUUUCUAAGAGAUAUUAUUGUAACAUUGUUCCAUCCUUUUCAAAUCUUUUCAUGGUACACUUUUAAAUACUAAUGUAACGCCUUUUAACUUCAAUAAAAUAUGGGGUACAAAUUAACCCCUACGCACUACA